AUGUAUUACAGCACUGUAUACUGCGAUCCAACGCUCUUUCAGAUGUCGAUUAACUUCGACAACUACUGGUGGGAGGAAGACAACCUCACAGACCUUUGCUUGGGGAAUUGCAGCUAUGAAGCAACGUUGUGGGACCGAGAUGUGACUCAAGCUUGCGCUGAUCAAUGGAUAUCAGCGUAUGGAAGACUUAUUCCUGCGGAUUCUAUCUCUGGACGAUAUGUAGAUGCAAUGAGCACUGCUUGCUUAAGUUCUACGAGCGAGGAACGAUGGUGCUUGGUUUCGGCGCAAAAUAUUACAGGAUCAGACGUUAUAUAUCCUGAUUGUAUCAAAUAUCCAACGGACCCCUCAUGCACAGGAAAUGGAACGAACAUCGAUCCUGAGGAUGAAAGGAUGGCGAACUUGUACUCAAACGAUGUACUAUGUGAUAACUGCUUCAUUCAAAUGCUAUACGCGCGAGUGACUUCACCCUAUCUCGCAGACUCGGAUCACUCCGACUACCUCGUAGACCAGCUCCAAGACAUAGGUGAUGUCUGCAACACUUCAAUCCCCAACAUCACCGUUCGAGCAUUACCAAGUUAUGUCCCGGCACCUCCAGUGACAUCAAUCAACUUCGCAGGAACCACAACAACAACUUCCAAACCACCAGCAACGACAACAUGUUCAGGGCAAGUCCUGAACAGCUCAAAGAAACGCUCUGAUCAAGUAUAUGGACGAGACACAGAAGAUGACGACGCAACUCCAACCUGCGACAGACUUUCAAAGGCAUACGGUAUCUCAACUGGAGAUCUGCAAGCCAACUCUAAUUCUGCCAACUGCACCAUAACGGGCAAAGUCUGUCUCCCUUCAGCAUGCAAACUCGCCCAAGUCCCGACCGGCGCAACAUGCGAUUCCCUUGCCGCCAGCCUCCCGGGCAACAUAACCACCAUCCAAUUCCUCACCUGGAACAAAAACAUCCUCGGCCUCUGUGACAGCCCCCUCGCCGGCCAAUACAUCUGCACUUCCGCUCCGGGCGUAAACGGGACCUACACACUCGCCGCGCCUCCCCUGGGAACGGACGCCGACGCCGGAAACCAGCAGCGAGGAGGCCAAGGCGGCUUCGUGACUCCAUGUCCCACGUACACCAGUUCUCCCACCGCAGCUCCGGGUCCGACACAAACUGGUAUCACGACCGCCUGUAACGCGUACGCCAUGGCUGAUAACGGGAUCGGGUGCGUGGAUUUCGCGGCGCUGAAUUGUAUUCAGACUUCUGAUCUGUUCUCUUGGAACGGAGUCCUGGGAGCGAAUGGUGAGAACUGUGGGACGGCGUUUUGGGCGAAGGAGUAUUAUUGUAUUGCUAUUUUUACGGCGACUGCAACUUCCACAACAACGAUACCGCCGCCGACAACGAUGACGGGAGGAGCACCGGGACCGACACAGACGGGGAUCGUGAGCAGUUGUAAUAAGUUCGCGGUGGCGCCGGAUGGGAUGGGGUGUUAUGAUUUUGCGACGCUGAAUGGGAUUACGCAGGCGCAGCUUUAUGCGUGGAAUACGGUGCUGGGUGUGAACGGGGCGAAUUGCGGGACGGCGUUUUGGUCCAAGGAGUAUUAUUGUGUGGGUGUUAGUGGUGGGAAGUGA